AUUGCUCUCUGAUUGGCUGACCGUGUUACGGAAGUCGCGAGAAAAAACACCUUCUCGUUCAACAUUUAAUCAUGGCAGACGGACGUACAGCAGCCAGUAACACUGCAGUUUCAAGUGUCUACAAUGACGUGAAGGAAUACUAUGGAAAGACACUGAAGAAGACAUCUGAUCUGAAAAGCAAUGCCUGUGUCCCGUCUGCCAAGCCUGUUCCUGCAUACGUGAGAAAAGUCAUAGCUGAGAUCCAUCCAGAUGUUGUUGCAAAGUACUAUGGCUGUGGUCUGGUGGUCCCUGAGUGUCUGGAGUGCUGCAGCGUGCUUGAUCUCGGCUGUGGGAGCGGACGGGACUGCUACAUGCUCAGCCAGCUUGUAGGAGAGAAGGGACAUGUCACAGGCAUCGACAUGACUGAAGAUCAGCUUGAGGUGGCUAGGAAAUACAUUGAUUACCACACACAAAGAUUUGGUUAUAAAAAGCCAAACGUGAACUUUGUUCAAGGCUACAUUGAGGCCUUGGCAGAGUCCGGUCUGGAGGAGAAGUCAUAUGAUAUCAUCAUCUCAAACUGUGUGGUGAACCUGUCACCAGAUAAAGCCAGUGUCCUGAGGGAGGCUUACCGUGUACUGAAGGAUGGAGGGGAACUGUACUUUAGUGAUGUUUAUAGUGAUGCUGGAAUCCCCGAAGACCUCAAGGCCAACAAAGUGUUAUGGGGUGAAUGUCUCAGUGGAGCAUUAUGGUGGGAAGACCUGAUACGACUGGCUGAAGAGGUUGGCUUCUGUAAACCCAGACUGGUUACUGCUAGUAGCAUCACUGUGAGCAACAAGGAACUAGAGAAACUGCUUGGUGACCACAAAUUUGUGUCAGCCACAUACCGGCUCUUCAAAUUACCGAAAGGUUCAGAGAAGAAGUCCUGUCUGGUCAUGUACAAUGGAGAAAUGACAGGUGUGGAGGAAAGCUUCGAGUUUGAUGCCCAGUAUACCUUUAAGGUAGAUAAAGAGACAUGGGUGGAUGAUGAUGUGGCCAGCAUCUUGAGCAACUCCAGAUUUUCUGGAGAAUUUUCAUUUCGGCAUCAGGGGCUGAAAACCUCUGGCUCUGGAGAAUGCUGGGCUAAACCCAAGGCAGUGUCAGUCAAUCCCUUUGAGCUGCUCCAGCAGUUGGGCAGUGCAAGUGUAGCUCCUUCCACUGGGGAGUGCUGUGGAGACCAGCAAUCAUGCUGCCAGUAAAUCCCAGCUCAUUUCAAUGCAGUAUUCUUUGAUCUGGACUCGUUUUUGACACAUUUGUUGUUAAUUGUGACCGUGAUUGUGUAUACAAUUUAAUAUAACUCUAUACAGUAAUAUAGAAUUACUUAUAAUUUUGUGAUAGGCAACACAAAGAAAAACAAGAAGAAAUCAAUCAAUCUUGUAAUGUUUUAAAUGCAUCUGUAAUAAUACUGAUAAAUGUAUUUCAUUGACCAGUACCUCGUACAGGUCUAUAUUGUUGCAUAAUCUAAAGCUUUCACCUGGCAGGUUGAAUCUUUAUUGUAGUUUCUGUUGUGUUGCCAAGUUAACUGAAAACACAAAUGUCUUGAAUGUCUUCCCAAAA